CGCUGCCAGUCCAGGCGCCGCCAAAGGCGCACUGCACACUGCUGCACAGUGCAGCAUGGCUCGCCGCGCCCUCGCGGCCGCGGCGAUUUUCACGAGGCAAGCGAGCGCCCUCGCCUACGACGCGCGCUUCCGCAGCAAGGUCGACGGCCUCGUGGCCCGACGGCGCGGCGACCUGUUGGUUGUUCUCGAGGACUGCACCGACCCAGCGAACGCUGCGAGCAUCGCACGAGUCUGCGACGGCUUCGGCGUGCCGGAGCUGCUGUUCGUGACGUCGCGCGCGCCGGCGCCGAAGUUCGACCCCCGCGGCGAGGGGCUGCGGCGGCUCAGCGCGUCGGCGACGCAGUGGGUCAAGCUCACGUCCUAUUCGUCGGUCGACGCCAGUGCAUAAAUCAAACCGUCGCGGCGCAUCAGCUCAAUUCAGCCAGCACAGUGCAUCCGAAUCACUGCUUUAUUUGCGCACAGGUCGACGCGUGCUACGACCGCCUCCGGCGCGACGGCUUCGCAAGUGCGGCGUGCGUCAUGGACGAGGAUGCGGUGUUGCUGCCGGCGACGGACGACGACCUCGCGCGCCGCGAUUUACUCGGCGGCGGUCCGCUCGCGCUCUGGUUUGGCACGGAGAGUCGGGGUCUCUCGCCCGCCGCCGUGAGCGGCGCCGACCGCAAGGUGCUCAUCCCGAUGGUGGGACAAGUGGAGUCGUUUAACCUCGCCGCUGCCGCGGCCAUAAUCGUCGCCGAGACGUGCCGGCUCGCCGGGCCCUCACAAAUACCACCACAAAAAAACCUCGCGGAGGACCUUUUGGAGCAACACUCAUCCUGGCACGAGCCGCAGCGGCGCCUGCGACGACGAACGGCAGCCGCGGCGCGCGGCGAGAUAUUUAGACAAAGGCGGCGGGCGGAUGCUGGCUAAUUUGUAUUGUUAAAACCGACAC